AUGUCGUUGAUUCCAAGUUUCUUUGGUGGCCGAAGGAGCAAUGCUUUUGAUCCAUUCUCCAUUGACGUUUGGGAUCCUUUGAGAGACUUUCAAUUUCCCAGUUCUGCACUUUCUGCUUCAUUCCCUCGUGACAAUUCUGCUUUUGUGAGUACAAGAGUGGACUGGAAGGAAACACCAGAAGCACACGUGUUCAAGGCUGAUCUUCCUGGACUCAAGAAGGAGGAAGUGAAGGUUGAAAUUGAAGAUGACAGAGUUCUUCAGAUUAGUGGUGAGAGGAAUGUUGAGAAAAAAGAUAAGAACGAUCAAUGGCAUCGCGUUGAGCGUAGCAGUGGAAAGUUUGUGAGGAAGUUCAGGUUGCCUGAGAAUGCUAAAAUGGAUCAAGUGAAAGCUUCCAUGGAGAAUGGUGUUAAGAUGCGGACUUAA